UGCUCCGCGCAACCGGAGCUCUCGUUUGAGCACCACAGCGUCGCACGCCAAGCAUUCUACCCCGAGAUAUAGCCGAGGGAGCCACCACAGCUCCCGCUACUAGCCACCUUCGUCGUUUCCUUGGGAUUUUUGCUAAGCAUCACCCGGCUCAAGGUGGACGAGGAGCAGGUUCGGAAGGCCUGUGCAGCGAUAGAUGGCAUGUCGGUUAGGAAGGCUGCUGAGGUCUUUGGGGUAGGCCGUACGUCCAUCGAAGACCGCUGCCCUGGCAAGGUGGCCAUGAACGCGAAGGUUGGUCCCGAGACCAUCCUGAGCAAAGAAGAGGACAGUUUGCUAAAAGAUAUUCUGCUGUUUGCUGCUCGCAACUUCUUGGCUGUGGAUCGGCUUCACCUCGGAGAUGCGGUGCGACAACUCUGCGACGACGGUCGGCGGAUCCCUUGGGAUCCAGAGAAGGUUCCGGGGAAAGAUUGGCUUGCGGGCUUCCUUCGUCGGCACCCACGGGUGGCGGAGCGCUCGACCCGCAUCUACGAAGCAAACAGGAUCACCGAGGACGAGGAGCCUCACAUGGUGCAGUUCUACGAGAGAUGGGCAGCUCUCUCGACGAGGUCAAACCGGAGGCCAACCACGUGCACAAUACGGACGAGACAGGCGUUUGCGGAAUCAGGUCAGAAGGUGGUUGGUUCGAUGCGCUCCAACUCGCGAGAGAACACCACCGUGGUCGCUACCAUCAGCGCUGAUGGUCACACCUGGGCACCAACCAUUAUCUUUAAAGGGCAACGACUUCAGGCCGAUUGGUUUGUAGAGCGAAACGGCCCGGAGGGUGCGAGGUACACCUGUACGGAUUCUUUCUUCACGCAGGAGAACGUAUUCAUCGCCUACUUGAAGGAUUUCCACAAGCAGCUCGGCGACCGAGGGUUGCUCGACGGAAAACCCCACAUACUCUUGCUCGAUGGACAUGCAUCACACGUGAGCGUGGAGGUCAUCAGGCUGGCCAUGAAUCUCAAAAUCAUCUUGUUCCAGCUACCCUCUCACACGUCGCACAUCACCCAGCCCUUGGAUGUCGUCGCCUUCGGACGCUUUAAGAAAUCGGUCACCAGAGUUUUGUCGUCCUUCUACCACAACUCCGGCGGGCUGGCCAUGAAUCUCAAAAUCAUCUUGUUCCAGCUACCCUCUCACACGUCGCACAUCACCCAGCCCUUGGAUGUCGUCGCCUUCGGACGCUUUAAGAAAUCGGUCACCAGAGUUUUGUCGUCCUUCUACCACAACUCCGGCGGGUUGUUGCCGCUGGAACGCGACAUGCCCGGCGUGAUCGCGGAUGCUUGGAAAUUGAGCUUUACACCGGAGAUAAAUCAAUCAUCAUUCGCUGGGGCGGGCUUGUGGCCUGUGAACAAGGAGCAGGCGCUGGGUCGGCUGAAGGGCACAGCGAAGAAGAAGGAGCGGCGAGACGAGCGCCCACCCCUACAGGAUGUCCCCAUCACCGCCCUCAACGAGCAGCUGGAAAAGACAUCGGAGAAAGGGCCCUCAGGGUGCUGAGGGGGCAAGGCACACCGUCACGGGAAUCCGAGUAGGCACGGUGUUACUCGGUGGCCUCUUGACUCAAAGGAAGCGCGCGAAGAAGAUGGCGACCUCGCGGGGCUCGCUUGGCCUUCCCGACGGAGGCAACAUUACCGCGCCUGAGUUCCUGGACGCUGUUGCCGAAAAAGAACGCGCAGACAAGGCGGAGAGCGACGCGAAGGCUGCGAGGGCGAAAGUCCGCGAAGUGAAGAGGGCAGAAAAAGCGGCCGCGGAGCUGUUGCGGCAGGCGCUCAUGGCCGAUAGAGGAAGGGGACGGGGGCGGGUUGGAGGGAGGGGAGAGGAAAGGGAGGGCGUGGCGAAGUCGAUAUGCACCCUGUAGAACGUCGCAUGUGGUUCGUAGGCUAUGCGGCGGUGAUUUUAGGGCUUGCCAGCACCGGGGGGGCAGGAUGCACAGGUUUUGAACACCCGGGAUGUCAUCGUUUUGUCCCCGGGUGACCUGUGUGUGUGUGUGUGUGUGUGUGUGUGUGUGUGUGUUUUUGCGAUAGAUGUUUUUCACAUGCUUACAGGUUCCCUCAGGAGCGCUGGUCGCGGGGGUGCAAAGGUGUUUUGAAACUACAGUUGUUUUCGGCGUUAGUUCUUACCGUAGCGGCAAGCCAAAAAUCAGAAAAAAAUAUCCUUAUUUGACCUUUGAUAUAUCAUUAGGUGUGCUCCAAUGGGCGUGGACUUGUGCGUACAGUCGAAACAUACCCUGUAGAACGUCGUGUGGUUCGUACCCUAUUUGAUGGUGACGUUCGUGCGUUCCAGUACCGGGGGGGGGGAGGGAUGCACGGGUUCAGACCGAAAACCCGGGGACGCGGUGGUUCUGUCCCGGGGUGGCUUUUUUUUUUGUUCUGAACAUGUUUCUCGCUCAUGUUUCUCACUCAUGUUUAAAGAUCCCCUCCAAAGGUUGUGUCGUGGGGAUGAAUGAGUAUUCCUCAAUGGUGGAUACAGUUUGGCGGUGUUCGGCGUGAAUUCUUACCGAUAGCGGCAUGCUACAUCAGGAAAAAGUACCCAUAUUUGACCAAGC